AUGCACUAAUUGGGAAAAUCUGAGAAUUCCAUCAAUUUUAAAGACUAUUCAAUUUUAAAAAAAGUGCAAUCAUUCUCUAGACAUGAUGAUGCAGAGAAAGAAAAAGUUUAUAUGCUCAAAUAGAAAAGCUUUGAUUUAACUACUAGAAGAAGUAGCUCAAAUUUAACCUAAGAUUUUGCCAUUGAAUCAAUCUUAAUUCAUAGAAUCACAAAUAUUCAAAAUCCAAUUCAAUACAUAAGAAUGAAUUUAUUACAAUAAAAGAUUUGGGAGAGGAUAUAGAAGUUUUCAUAAAAAUAUAUUGAUGAUUAAAGCAAUUUAAUCAUUAUUGUGUUGAAACCAGAUUAAGAAUUUGAGUUUAGGUAUAACAUAUCCAAUUUAUCAUGUUUUUCCAAAAUUAAACAAUUAACCAAUAGUUUAACUAAUCACUUUUAUUAACUUACUUAGAUUUACCCAUAUUUAUCUAUGUUGAUAGGAAAGAUUAAAACAUAAAAAUUAGACAAUGAAAUGAGAUUAUUUGAAUUGCUAAAUAUCAUAAUGAAUGGCAAAAGAAUGCUGGUCUUGUAAAGCCAGAUGUAUAGUUACGCUUGA